CGUGCGCGCGGGGGCGCGAGGCGGGCUGUUGGCCGUUUAAAGGGACGGAGAGCCAGCUCGAGCUAUGAGUCAGCAGGCGGCCGCUGGGGUCAGCGAGGCCGAGGUCAGCCCCGUGCACCUGCACCCGGCCCGGGCCCUGAAGAAGAAGAAGAAGGAGGAGGAGGAGGAGAGGCCCGGCUCCGGAGCCAAGGAGAAGCCGGCGUCAACAGUCCCACCGCCACCGCCGCCGCCCCCGCCCUCGGGCCUGCCGCUGGCGGCCCGCAGAGCCGUAGUGAGCGAGGAGGUGUCGAGGCCGCGCCGCUCCCGGAGGCCGGAGGAGGGCCGGCAGAAGAAGAAAGGCAAGCGCGUCGUUACCGUGGACAGCUCCAAAGCCAAGACUUCGUCGGAAGCGCUGAGGAUCUGCAUCCAGCAGCUCAAGUGGAAAGAGUUUCCAACAGGGCGGCGCCUCCUUUGUGAUAUCUACUGGCAUGGAGCAUCUUUUCAUGAUGGUGAAGUUAGCUGCUCAGGUCAAGUCAACAAAUAUCCAGGCAUGACGGAACUAGUGCGUAAAAUCAAUUUUAGUCGGGCAGUUCGAACAAUGCAGCAAUUAUUCCCUGAAGAAUACAAGUUUUAUCCUCGUUCUUGGAUUUUGCCAGAAGAAUACCAACAUUUUGCAGAUCAGGUACGUAUGUCAAAAGAAACUGACUCAUCUUGGAAGCCUACUUUUAUCGUAAAGCCAGAUGGAGGAUCCCAAGGUGAUGGAAUCUACCUCAUUAAAGAUUCUAAUGACAUCCGAAUGUUGGCCAACCUCCGCAGCAAGCCAGCAGUGGUCCAGGAAUAUGUCAGCAAGCCAUUGCUGAUCGACAAACUGAAAUUUGACAUUAGGUUGUAUGUCUUGCUCAAGUCGCUUGAGCCCCUGGAGAUCUACAUAGCCAAAGACGGUCUAUCUAGAUUUUGUACAGAGCCAUAUCAAGAGCCUAACAUUAAAAAUUUUCAUCGUGUAUUUAUGCACUUAACAAACUAUUCCCUGAAUGUCCAUAGUGGAAAUUUCAUCCAUUCUGACAGUGUAAAUACAGGAAGCAAAAGGACUUUUUCAAGUAUUGUGGCCAAGCUUUCUAUGAGAGGCUUUGAUGUGAAGAAAAUGUGGUCAGAUAUUAUCACGUUAGUAAUUAGGGCUAUUAUUGCAUUGGUUCCUGAAUUAAAAGUUUAUCAUCAAACAUAUAUUCCUCCAGGGAAGCCUGGACCUACAUGCUUCCAGAUUUUAGGAUUUGAUAUACUUCUCAUGAAAAACAUGAAGCCCGUUUUAUUGGAGGUGAAUGCCAAUCCCAGCAUGAGAAUAGAGCAUGAACAGGAGAUUUCUCCAGGACUGUUUGAAUAUGUUGCUAGUCCUGUGGAUGAAGAAAUAAAAGUUGCCAUCAUUAGAGACACACUCCGUUUGAUGGAUCCGGCACUUAAAAAAAACAAUCACCAUCAAUCAUACCCCACUGAAUGUUCAGCAGAAAGUGACAAAGAGGAAGUAAUUGAAGCCGAAGCACAAGUCACAACUGAGACGCCGUCUAGCCAAGAGCAGAACUGGUCUCCCCUCUGCCUGAAGGAAGUCUUUCCUAAGUAUUCUAGACAGUUCAGCUACCUGCUUGUUGUGAACCGUAUCGCACUGCUGUUUAUCAGAUUUCUGGGCAUUAAGGGGACUAUGAAACUUGGUCCAACAGGGUUUCGGACCUUUAUCAGGACCUGUAAACUCAGCAGCAGUAACCUGUCCAUGGCAUCCGUUGAUAUUUUGUACAUUGAUAUUGCACGAAGAUGGAAUGUCAUUCGUGGAGACCGGGGGGAAUCUGGAAUGUGCUUUCAAGCAUUUAUGGAGGCCAUCUUUCACUUGGCACAGAGAAGAUACAAGUCCCCACCUCUACGUGAACAAGUUGAGGCACUGGUCAACUUUUGUGAAAGCCAGUUGGAAGCCCAGGAAGAGAAACACAUUCUGUAUGGCCGUGGAACAGCAGACCAAAAAUCCAGCUUAGCUAUGUAUCAGCCUGAAGGGUCUCACUCGGGUACUAUCAACCACAUGCACUUAUUAAACCGUAUGAGCAUGUCCAAUAGAUUGCCGACAUCAUCAUUACCUACAUCAGUGGAUCAGCAGCUUGUAAAUUCAAUGAGUUCAAGAGUAACUGAUUGCUCGCCAGCAGCUUCCUUCAGUCCCAAUGGAUGGGACAAUCUGAGCUGCAGGUUUUGUCGUAACAGCCACCAAAACUGCCCUGCGCUUGGCUUAAAUGAUGUGCGUUCUCAACGGGUCAAGCUGACACAAAUUUUACAUCCAUCUGUAACGUCGUACUUUAUGUAGCGGCCCAGCUCUCAAAUGGCAAGCCCCCUCCCCACACACCUCCAAGACUCAUUCCUGCACACUCAUUGGGAAGUUAGCUCUUCACCGCCAGGAUAGCUAGUGAUGGAUAAAUAUUUGAGAACCAAUUGUGUUGAAGCACAGCAAUUUUCCUGAAUUUCGUACCUAUUAGACCUGCGUUUGUCCUUGGAAUAAUAUGUGGUUUAUUUAAGGGAAAAUUUAAAUAAGAAUUGUUCAGGCCCUUUGGAACUCCACAAUCCAAACAAUUUGCAUUUAAUGUAAACAGCCAGCCACUAUCUGCCUCCUGGCCCUAAAUCACUUAUAUCAUUUUAUUAAACAAAUUUUAUAGUGGACGUUUUCUAUUAUUAUCACGAGUUGCUGAUUGCUUUGUAAUCAUUAUUGGCAUGCUGUUCUCAUGUUCCAGAAUCAUCUGCCAGUGAGAUCACAUGGCAGGUGCUCUGUAUUUUUUAAGUUCACUUUCUUCUGUUGACAGAGCACAGGAUCACCACUGCCACAAAGAGAGCUCCUCAUUUGUGUAUAUCAGUUCUUUGCGAAUUAACAUUCAUUGGGCUAUAAAUUACUGUUGGUGAUAAUAGUAGAUAAAGGCUGAAUGCAUUUCUAUAACAUUUGUCCAUCCACUAUUAAAUGAAUUAACAGCUUUGUCAAAAUAGUGCACAAAAGAAUGUAAAACAUGUGCUAAGCCUUCAUCCACUAGGAACAGUAAUUUCUAACCUACAUUUUUGCUUUUUUCCUAUGGUUAUAGUGCAGUGGUGGUGUGAUAUUCAGCUGUACUCAGUAAUGCAUUCAGUAAUGCAAUAUAAAACAGGAAAAUGUGUAUUGCACUGUUAAGGGUGCAUAUUUCUGCAAUAAAAAUAUUUGGUUGCAAGGUUUUGCUUAAAAAGUUUAGAAUUUAAGUUACUAACAAACUCCAGCAGCCUCUACAGCUCAAAUUUUAACCAGUAAAAGGAGAUGACCAUCUGUUCAAUAAAGAUCACACCAAUAUCAAAGGA